CUGCACCGCAUCGGCGCAUCCAUAUUCCACACUCUCUUCUCCCUUCUCAUUUCUCUCUGCGAUCAAAUUGAAGCUCAAAUACCUUGAUUUAGGGUAUCUAUCUGUACUGAGCGAGAUCUACCAGGGCACUAUGGGGCUUGGCAUGUUAGCAUCAAUGGUCAUGAGACCCACCACGUCUAGCCUCCUCAAAUCCCCUAACCCUAGAACUCUCCUCUUCCUCCGAACCAUCGUAUCCAAACCGGAGCUCCAGUCGCCGGAACCUGCUACUGCUCCCGCUCCAGAGCCGACUCCUGAUCUCCCUCCCCGGAAACCCGUAGGUGGGGCUCGUGUCGAGUUCUCUAAUCCGGACGAUGCCAUUGAAGUGUUCGUUGAUGGGUACCCUGUUAAAGUCCCUAAAGGUAUGACGGUGCUGCAGGCUUGCGAGGUUGCUGGGGUCGACAUUCCUCGAUUCUGCUAUCACAAUCGUCUCUCGAUAGCGGGAAACUGUCGUAUGUGUCUAGUCGAGGUUGAGAAGUCUCCUAAGCCCGUCGCCUCAUGUGCCAUGCCUGCUCUUCCCGGGAUGAAGAUUAAGACAGAUACACCUGUGGCAAAGAAGGCACGAGAAGGGGUUAUGGAGUUUCUACUAAUGAACCAUCCACUGGAUUGCCCCAUUUGCGAUCAGGGUGGAGAAUGUGAUCUUCAAGAUCAGUCUAUGGCAUUUGGAUCAGAUCGUGGUCGGUUCACUGAAAUGAAGAGGUCCGUGGUUGAUAAGAAUCUUGGUCCAUUGGUGAAGACUGUGAUGACUCGGUGCAUCCAAUGUACAAGGUGUGUCCGUUUUGCGACAGAGGUUGCUGGUGUCCAAGACCUUGGAAUGCUAGGUCGUGGGAGUGGAGAGGAAAUUGGGACUUAUGUUGAGAAACUUAUGACAAGCGAGCUUUCUGGAAAUGUUAUUGAUAUUUGUCCUGUUGGAGCACUGACCUCAAAGCCUUUUGCAUUUAAAGCACGGAAUUGGGAAUUAAAGGGAACAGAGACCAUUGAUGUUACUGAUGCAGUUGGAUCUAAUAUUCGAAUCGAUAGUAGAGGUCCAGAGGUCAUGCGCAUCACUCCGCGGCUGAAUGAGGACAUCAAUGAGGAAUGGAUAUCAGACAAGACACGUUUUUGCUAUGAUGGUUUGAAAAGGCAGAGGUUAAAUGACCCCAUGGUUCGUGGCCCUGAUGGACAAUUCAAGACGGUAAGCUGGCGUGAUGCCUUAGCUUUGGUUGCCGACGUUGCCCAUCAAGUAAAACCAGAUGAGAUUGUUGGAAUUGCUGGAAAGCUAUCUGAUGCAGAAUCCAUGAUGGCGCUAAAAGAUCUAUUGAACAGAAUGGGAUCAAAUAACAUAUGGUGUGAGGGAAAUGGCGCUAAUCCUAAUGCUGAUCUAAGAUCUGGUUAUAUUAUGAAUAGUGGCAUUGCUGGUCUUGAGAAGGCUGAUGUGUUCCUUUUGCUUGGCACUCAGCCAAGGGUUGAAGCUGCUAUGGUAAAUGCCAGGAUCCGCAAGGCGGUUGGUGCAACCCAAGCGAAGGUUGGUUACAUUGGCCCUCCAACUGAUUUCAACUAUGAUCACCAGCAUCUAGGCACUGGUCCUGAAACUCUUCUUGAAAUUGCUGAGGGUCGCCACCCUUUCUUUUCUGCUAUUUCAAGUGCCAAAAACCCAGCCAUCAUUGUUGGCGCUGGAAUUUUUGAGAGGGAUGACAAAGAUGCAAUUUUCUCUGUUGUUGAAGCGAUUGCAAAGAAGGGGAAUGUCGUCAGACCAGACUGGAAUGGAUUUAAUGUAUUGCUUCUCAAUGCUGCCCAAGCAGCUGCCCUUGACUUGGGACUAGUGCCAGAAUCAAUCAAAAGCAUCAACUCUGCAAAGUUUGUCUAUCUUAUGGGAGCUGAUGAUGUGAACUUGGACAAGAUUCCAAGUGAUGCCUUUGUGGUCUAUCAGGGGCACCAUGGUGACCGUAGCGUGUAUCGUGCCAAUGUCAUUUUGCCAGCAUCGGCAUUCAGUGAGAAGGAAGGGACGUAUGAAAAUACAGAAGGGUGCAGCCAAGAAACCGUGCCUGCAGUUCCUACUGUCGGUGAUGCCAGAGAUGAUUGGAAGAUAAUUAGGGCACUUUCUGAGGUAGCAGGUUUACAGUUGCCCUAUGAUACACUUGGGGCCAUUCGUUCCCGUAUCAGGACUGUGGCACCUAACCUCUUGCAGUUGGAUGACAGAGUCAAAGCUACUUUUGGUCCCUCAUUGAAGCCCGAGGUUGGUAAUAAAAUGAGCUCGACACCAUUCCAGACCACUGUUGACAAUUUCUACAUGACCGACUCCAUCACCAGAGCAUCAAAGAUAAUGGCACAGUGCAGUGCGAUGCUAACGAAGAAGUGAGCAUUAGAUUGUGAUAUUUCUAAUAAAAAAGGUGCAUAUUCACAUUUUGCUGCUGCAGUGAUAUUUGUUCAACUUGUCUAAGGUCCCUGUCAGCGGAGUUUCUUGAAUAGUGGAAGUAGUUCCAAUAAGGUGAUAUACUGGUUGGUUGUUUAUUUGUAACAUGUUUUUCAAUGUGAAAGCAUUUCACUGUAAAAGUAAGCUGGGCAUUUGACUGUUUGGCUCAACUUAAUUAUCAAGUGUUCUGGACUUUCUCAGCU